AAAUAUGGUGCUGUCAAGAUGACAUCCCGAUCCGAUCGAUAAGUUUCAAUUUCUACUUUCUACCUUUCUACUUUCCAUUUGAGCUUUAGCAGCGGGUAGUCAUAAAUAAAUAAUUUUCUAUGUCAAAAAUAAAAAAAUCGUUAUUCUACAAUACUACGUAAUAAUAUGUCUUACGAGAAAAGCAACGCCAACGAGAACGAGGAAAACUCCAUAGAUGCUUUUACAGAAGAUAACGAUAAUAUUAUGAUUUCGAGCACUAUACAGGAUGAUGUAUUAAAAAUGUUGUUAAAAGAUCAAUUCGAGGGCAAAACUAAACUGGGACCUGAUGUUUUACCUCUGGUUAAACAAUUAGCCAAUUGUUUGAUCAUGGAGUGUUGUCAUCGGGCGGGAAGACUGGCUAUAAAAGAUGGCUGCACUGAAAUCAAAGUUGAACAUAUUGAAAAGUGUAUGGAACAAAUAAUGUGCGAUUUUCCAUAAAUGUUUGACAUAAUGAAGAUGUUUAACAUUUACAACAUUUAUGUAUUUAUAGUAUAUAACAUAAAUGAGAUCUACUUGCUGUCCAUUUUAUCCUGAACCAAUAAAAUCUCCAACUGUUAUAGUGAAAACAAU